UGUGUGAGAGAGAGAGAGAGUCAGUAUGAGUCAGAGGUCUGUUUUAGGCCUCUAUUAUAAUGUUGGAGAACACUGGUGUCAGAAAUUAAGGGCUUAGAACAAAAAUGUCUUUGAAUUUUGAAAUGUGUGAGCAGAAAUGUCACCUCAUUUUUUCUUUUGCAUAUAUUUUCCUCACACUCUCUGUGGUUUGGGUUUUUCAGUUGAAUUGUUUUUGGUGAGUUGGUGUAUUUGAUGUUUCCCUAUUAUGUAUUUAGAUUAUAAGAAAUGUCCUCAUAAAUGUGGGGUAAAAAGGCUCUGAAAUUCAAACCGAAAGGAGCAAAACAGUCCCCUAAUACAAAAGGUUCUGUUGGUGACACUAUUGGUGACACUAAUGGCAGGGAUCCUUUGUCUAGCGGUGACACAGUUUUUUAGGACCUGCUGUGCCCUGUCUACUAUCUGGGAGCAGGUCAGACAGGGUUAUGUUUGUAGUGCAGUGUUUGUAUAUGAUGGAAAACUUGAGAUGUGUGCCGAGAGAUAAGAGAACACUGACUAAAGAUGUGGGGACGAGGGGCUCGUGUCAUCUUUUUCCGCUGAUGUCGGCAAGGUGAUGGAGAGAAUAAAAGAUGCGGAGCGAGGUUGAGAGGACACAGACACUUCUGCUCUCACCUGCCUCGCUCUUCCACUCCAGUUCUUAAGGUAAGACAAGCUAUGACCUUGUCUGGGCCUCUUCCCCAGGCUUUCUCUCCUUGUGUUUUCCCCACAUCUUUGCUUCUCAUUUGUUUCUUCUCAUCUCUCUGCCAUUCCCAUUCUUUUGUCACUGCCAUUCUUUUCAGCUCUUCAAUAUAUUAAUACCACACAUUUGAUCUCUGGGCCUUUCUGCUUUUGUCUUACUGCUCCUGUCUGUCUCCUUCUAUCUGUUUAAUAUUUGAUUUAAUCAUGUACAUUUAUAGGCAUGUUCGAUAAGCCAAACAUCAAAAGUCUAUUAUUUAUCCUUUUGAUGAAUGUUUGAAUGAAGUGUGAAUUCAUGAUAAAUAAAUAGCCUCUUUCUCUUGUGGAUGUGAUAAGCCUUUGCUUCACUCAGAAUGGAACCUGCCAUUAACGUGCUGAUCGCCCAGUUCAAGACAUUCGCUGGAAAGGAUGGAUCCUCAAACACUCUCAGCAAAGAGGAGUUCCAGAGUCUGGUGGCCUCUCAGCUCACCACCCUAGUGAAGAACGCCAGCGAUCCCGGCGUGAUUGACCAGCUCAUGAGCUCUUUGGACCAGAAUAAUGACGGAGAGCUGACAUUCCUGGAGUUCUGGCAGCUGAUUGGCACGGUGGCCAGCAAGCAUGGCGGCUUGAGCCAAUAGCUGACCAGAGAGAGCGCGGGCUCGUGAAAAUGUGUCCGUUGUGUGUUUGAUUUAAAAAAUGCCUCUGUGUGUAUUGUUCAUCUUCAACCUCGAGACUGGCUGUGCACACAAUACCAUGGUUAAUCAUUCUCUGAAGCAGGUGACCUGCAAAUAAAAUAAUCCAUUCUUGUGA